AUGAAGCUUUUCGCCGCAACCGCUGCUGCUGUCGCCGCUAGAAAAGGAAACUGGGAGCCGAAGGUUCCCGUUACUGUGCCAGACUGGCAUGGUGGUAGACAUGGUGAUAUGGUCGUCCAGACUUGGCAGGAUUGCUUGGACGGUGAGGACGAAGACGGUCGACUUGCUACUUGCUCCACUGGCGAAACAACCGACCUUGGCUGUUGCAAAGUGAUUAACAUGGGCUGGGGCGGUUCAACUUGCACUGCUUCCGGAGAAAUCGUCAAUGGCAAGGAUCAAUACCUUUGCGAGGGAGGCUGGGGUGCAGAACUCCGAUGGACUAACAACUACGGUUGGUUCCUGGCAACUGAAGUCGGUGGUGGCGCUUACUACGCUAAUGGUAACUCGGCUCAUGAUGGCACAUGUCUCGGUGACUUUGGCGAAUUCCAGAGUGACUACGUCUGGAACAACUACCAGUUAGACCUUUCAUGCCAGCCUGGUGUUGGGCCAGCUGUUCCAACUCCUUGCGCCAAUCACAACUGCGAGGACAAUUACUAUUGCCAGAAUACCGCAGACCUCCAGGGCUUCGAGUGCAUCUGCCGAGUCGAGGGAACUUGUGAUCCAACCGAACCACCAACUGAGCCACCAACGGAUCCUCCAACUGAGCCACCAACUGAGCCUCCAACUGAACCACCAACUGAACCACCAACGGAGCCCCCAACGGUUCCUCCAGUUUGCGGCUGUGAUCCCGCCUGCACAGACGGAUUCACCUGCAUCGAUGGAGAGUGUGUUGAUUUCGACGAGUGCGAUGCCGGCGCCCACAACUGCCACAGCUUCGAAGUCUGCGUCAACACCAACGGCAACUUCCGAUGUGAUCCCGACGACAAUCAGCUUGCAAUGUGUGAAAACUGGACUCCUCAGUGGAAGGGGCGAAAAACCACCAAAUACGUCUACAAAGGUGAAGACUCCGUCAUUCUCUCCACCAAGUUCCGAGUCAAGAACGCCCCUGUCAAUCCCCGAACCGACCGCUACCAAGGUUUCAUCGUCUGGACCAAGGAUGUCUGUGGUGCUGACUUCCUCAAGAAGAUUCGAUCUGGCGAAGUUGGAGUCUCACUCGUCGAUACUGAGGAUAUUUACAGAUUGAACUUCCCGUACUUCAAGAACGACGGAAAAUACACCAUGGGAGGCUUUUCUUUCGAAUUGACUCAAGUUGUCACCAAGGAUACUCCAUGGGCCUUCAAGCAAGGUGUUCCCACAAAGAACAUGGGCUCCGAUGAUGUCCAAAUCGUCUUGACUGGUCUCGACAAGGUCCAAUUUUUGGACGCCAAGGGACAAGACUGGUGCCUCCUCACCGCUGCCAACGCAAUCAUGGCCGCCGAUGCAUACCCAUACUAUCUCACCAUGUGCGUCUUUGAAAACAAAAAAUUCUGGAAAACACCAGCUGAUCCAAAUGCAUAA